AUGACCAAACGCUUCCGGAGCAGCAGCCAAGACAUGCCCAGAAUUGCCCUUUAUGAGGCCUCCCGGAUGAACUCUUCUUCAGUCAUGGUUGAUCCCCGUGGAGGACGAGGGGUGGCCCCAACACCACGGAGCUCCAUGGAGAAGAAGCGAAAGAAACGAGAUCUCACGACAGCCCUAAGAACCUCAACUGUCUUGGAUUGCUCGUCUAAUGUUUCCUGUCAUCAGGGCGCAGAGAGAAACGUCAGGAAACGGAACAAACACGCGGAAGAGAAGAAGAAGAAGAAGAAGAAGGACGACGAAGCCGAUAAUGGCGAGGGAAGAGGAUACAUUCAUGUGAGAGCAAGAAGAGGUGAGGCCACAGACAGCCACAGUCGGGCAGAGAGGGUGAGAAGGGAGAGAAUCCGCGAGAGGAUGGACCUUUUACGAGGCCUUGUUCCUGGCUGUGACAAGAACACAGGGAAGGCUGUCAUGCUGGACGAGAUAAUAAACUACGUGCAGUUCUUGCAGAACCAAGUAGAGUUUCUCUCCAUGAAGCUCGCUUCCAUGAAUCCCAUAUUCUACGACUUGGAACGGUUUGAAUCAUCAGCACUCCAGACGAGUCCAUUUCACCAGGCAGCUCCUGAAGGGGCAAGCAGAAGCUACACCAUGAAGGAAGCUUCAACACCUCUUUUACUGCAUGACCAAGGGCCCAUAUCCCUACCUCAGGAACAUGGCAGUGUUGUGGUGAAAGUGGCUGACAGAAGACAAGAACUUCUCCAUCAGGUUGUCUUCAACAACGUGUGCUCUUUCCAGUAG